CGCUUUACAACAUCGGAGACAUGGUUCAUGCAGCACGAGGCAAAUGGGGCAUUAAAGCCAACUGUCCAUGUAUUAACCGGCAGAGCAAAUCCGUGUUGAGACCGGCUGUCACUAACGGAAUAUCACAGCUUCCACCUGUAAAUCCUAGUGCGUCAGCCUCUGGAAACGAGAGCACCUUUUCCACUGGAGCAGGGACAGGAGUGGGGCAGCUGGAAACGGACGCUGUUCCAAAGCCUGAAGCAGCUGACAGUAGUGUAGAAGAAUCUGCAAAGCCAGAGACAUUACCAGGCAAUAACAGUGCUGAGAUGAAGACCAACAGGCCGCUUUGCCCAGAAGCAGCCCCAUCGUCAGCCUUGCACUGGCUGGCAGACCUAGCAACGCAGAAAGCAAAAGAAGAAACAAAAGAGUCAGGAUCGCUGAGGUCAGUGCUUAAUAAAGAAUCCCAUUCCCCCUUUGGGUUGGAUUCCUUCAACUCCAGUGCAAAGGUUUCUUCGCUAACCCCAAAGCUGUUCAAUAGCCUCUUGUUGGGCCCGGUGACGUCGAGCAGCAAAGCCGAAGGCUCCAGCCUCAGAGAACUGCUACACACAGGGCCAGGAAAGCUGCCUCAGGUCCCAUUAGACGCAGGAGUCCCCUUUCCUCCCGUCUUUUCUGCAGCUUCUACGGGGGCCAAAGGUAAAGCCAGCCUGCCAAACUUCUUAGACCAUAUCAUUGCUUCUGUGGUGGAAAAUAAGAAGACGUCCGAUGCUGCAAAACGAGCUCCUAAUUUAGCUGACACACAGAGAGAGGUGAAGGAAAUGGUAAUGGGCUUAAAUGUGCUGGAUCCACACACGUCCCACUCCUGGCUGUGUGAUGGCAGACUCCUUUGCCUUCACGAUCCCAGCAACAAAAACAACUGGAAGAUCUUCAGGGAGUGCUGGAAACAAGGCCAGCCCGUGCUGGUAUCUGGUGUCCAUAAGAAGUUGAAGUCAGAGCUUUGGAAACCAGAAGCUUUCAGCCUGGAAUUUGGAGAUCAAGAUGUAGAUUUGGUGAACUGCAGGAACUGUGCCAUAAUUUCAGACGUGAAAGUGCGUGACUUCUGGGAUGGCUUUGAGAUAAUAUCUAAACGGCUCAGGUCGGAGGAUGGUCAGCCCAUGGUACUGAAGUUAAAGGACUGGCCCCCGGGGGAGGACUUCAGGGAUAUGAUGCCUACGAGGUUUGAGGACUUGAUGGAAAAUCUUCCUCUUCCUGAAUAUACCAAGAGGGAUGGCAGACUGAAUUUGGCUUCUAGGCUGCCAAGCUACUUUGUCCGUCCUGACUUGGGUCCCAAGAUGUACAACGCCUACGGCUUAAUUACUGCAGAAGACAGACGAGUUGGUACCACAAACCUGCACUUGGAUGUGUCCGAUGCUGUUAAUGUCAUGGUGUAUGUUGGGAUUCCCAUUGGGGAAGGGACCCACGAUGAUGAGGUUCUGAAAACAAUCGACGAGGGAGAUGCCGACGACGUAACAAAGCAGCGCAUCCACGAAGGAAGGGAGAAACCUGGAGCGUUGUGGCACAUCUACGCUGCCAAAGAUGCUGAAAAGAUACGGGAGCUUCUCCGGAAGGUUGGAGAAGAGCAAGGCCAGGAGAAUCCCCCGGAUCACGACCCCAUUCACGACCAAAGCUGGUACUUGGACCAGACCUUACGCAAGCGUCUCUAUGAUGAGUAUGGUGUGCAAGGCUGGGCAAUAGUGCAGUUCCUCGGCGAUGCGGUGUUCAUUCCUGCAGGUGCCCCCCAUCAGGUCCAUAAUUUGUACAGCUGCAUCAAAGUGGCAGAAGAUUUUGUAUCUCCAGAGCAUGUGAAGCACUGCUUCCGUCUGACGCAGGAGUUCAGGCACCUCUCCAACACUCACACAAACCAUGAGGAUAAGCUUCAGGUGAAGAACAUUAUCUACCACGCAGUGAAAGAUGCUGUUGGCACACUGAAAGCUCAUGAAUCCAAACUAGCUCGAUCGUAG